AUGCUCAGAAGACUAAGGCCGACAUUUUCCGCAUUCAAUGCCAAAUUCUCCACACGAUUAGAAAUAGAUCCGAAUCUAAGAGAUAGGUUCGAAACAGAGCAAUAUAAACCAAGAAAUCAUCCCGGCAGGUCGAAAGUUAAGAUCGCAAAAAUACCGAACGAAAUACAGAACGCCAUUAAAAUCAUCUUACAAGACAACGGCGCUAAAAGUUAUCACGAGGAGAGUGUAAAAUUAAACAACUAUAUCAUAUCACGACAUUUACCGCCCGAAGAAAAUGAAAUAACAGAAAAAGCAGCGAAAAUACACAGCAGCGUAUCCAAGAGGUAUUCAAAACAGAACGAUAUGAAUAUGGCGGAAAAUAACACGGAACAUAAGAUUAAGACAGCAGUUUUUAAUAUAUUAAAGAAAAAUGUAUACCGCUGGGCAAACAUAGCUUAUGAUAAACCGACUAGCUUACAAUACUUGAUGGCGAGAGCGGCGCCGGAAUACGCGGUGCUCGUAAGAAUAUUAGACGAAAUUAAGAGGCAGCUCCCCGACUAUAAGCCGAGGAGUUUCUUUGACUUUGGCUCGGGUGUCGGUACAGGGACUUGGGCUGUAAAUACUUACUGGAAAGGCGAUAUAUAUGAAUACUUCACAGUAGACACAUCAACACACAUGAACGAGCUAGCACAACUAAUUCUAUGCCAAGGACGAGAUAACGUUGAAAUGCCGUUCAAAGCUUACUUCCAAAGACAAUUCCUGCCGGCUUCAACCGAUUUGAAGUACCACAUAGUGCUAUCAGCAUUCUCAUUAUUCGAAAUGCCUGAUAUGAAGAGCCGUCUGGAAACUAUACAGAAGUUGUGGAAUAAAACUGAAGAUUUCUUAAUAAUCGUUGAACACGGUAGCAACGCUGGCUUUAGAAUUGUGAACGAGGCUAGAGAGUUUGUUUUAAAUUCCACACAACAAGACCAGGGCUAUGCCUUUGCUCCGUGUCCGAAUGACAAUGUAUGCCCUCGGUAUUUAGAGCAUCAAACGCCUUGUAACUUCUUGAUGAAGUAUGAAACGUUGUCAUUCCCAUCUAAGACUGAAGUUAUGGCUGAGUUGUUCUCAUACGUUAUUUUAAGGAAAGGUGUCAGACCGUCAAAUGAUCCGGCCUGGCCGAGAGUGGUUAGGGCUCCAAUAGUCAGAUCGGGACACACUAUAUGUAGAAUGUGCACUUCUCAAGGCGAAUUAAAGGAAGUUAUAUUCUCAAAGGGAAAAUAUGACCAGAAGACUUACCGGUGUGCCAGAUCUUGCAACUGGGGUGAUUUGCUGCCCGUCAAAUAA